ACCAGUCAGGUAUAUAUUCUGGACUUCCUGAAAUAGAGAGCAGAGUCAUAUUUUGUGCGAAUUCGAAUUGAAAUGAAGGCAGUACUAAUAAUCUCAUCCCUGCUCCUGACUGUCGCCCUUGGAGAUGUCGUCACUAACACCUACGGAACGUACCUCCAAACGCCAGAUGCUAUAACUAAGACGGCACGCAGUGACACAGGCUAUUCCUACAGCGUUACAUCCACCAGAGGACAUCCGUCAGAUUUCCUUUAUGGAGUUCAACAAAUUGGCACACCUUUGGCUCUCACCUACAGUUCACUUGGCGUGAACCAUCCAUUCGGCUACAUCACCCAGAAUGUCCUUCCAUAUGAUUACACCACUAAACAUCUAAUCCCCAAAAUCGUCAUACCAUACUCGACCUUAGCUCUCUCACCCUUGGUAUCGCAGCUCUCUGCCAUUUAUCAGACCUCAUCUAUCCCAUCGCUGCUGCAAGACAACAUGAAGUCAGAAGAUGCUAAAAAACCUGCCGUUAUGGAACAACCGAUGAUGAUGGACCAAAAACCAAUGCCUCAAAAUCCGUUCUUCUCAGCUUUUGUCCAGAUGAACAACGAAAUGCCGCAGCAGAAUCCAGUAGCUACAAAUGAUCAAACUGCUCCCUCCCUUCAAGGAAAUAAAGUUGAUGAUGAUACAGUUUCUGUCGAAUCUGCUUAGUUUUGUCUACAUUUUAUGUUUGAAUUCAGAGAAUAAAAUCGAUUUGGAUAAUA